AUGCUGAAUAGCGACUAUCACCCUCUUCCAGUUCACCCGGCCCCAAACGUCACUACUGACCAAGAGAAAAGACUACUUCAGCAACUCCGGGAAAUUACUAAGGUCAUGAAAGAAGGCAAACUCAUAGAUGGUAUCUCCCCAGAAAAAGAAGCUGAAGAGGCUCCUUAUAUGCAGGACUGGGAAGGUUAUCCAGAAGAGACCUAUCCUGUAUAUGAUAAUUCUGAUAGCUUUAAGCGCAGACAGGACACUGUUCUUGUGGAGUACCCUGACCCAAGCCAACCUUCUGCUGAAGAGAUUGCGGAGAGAAUGGAGUUUGUCGAUGACGAGGAGUGUGCAUGUAGUGCAACCCUUUUGUCUGCUCUUGCCACAGUGAAUAAUGAAUUUAUGUCAAGACAAGAGAAGGACCAACAGGCCACAUUCACUGGCCACAGUCGGACUGGCCAGAACUUUGAAAAAUGCCACUGUUGUCAUUAUGAAGACGACGACCCUGCUGUUAUAGCAGAGAAUGAAGGAUUCUACCCUGAAAGCUGCAGUGAAACAGAAGAGCUGGCCAAAGAGGAGCUGCGAGCAGAGUCUGACCAUGAAAACAGUGCGCCCAAAUACCAGCAUUAUGAAAAUCCCGACAAAACCGGCAUGCUGCGAAAGCGAAACACAAAGGGACUUGAGUCGCUGGGAAAGUGA